CGUGCCAGCUGCGUCUAUAGCUGUAGCACUCAUUGCUAUUCCGCCAGUGCAGUGAGCGCUGCGCAGGCCGAGGGUUACUCUCUCUACAGGUCUGGAGAAACUGUGAACAACUACCCACAUGUCUACCACGACUCCGAAGGAUUUGACUUCAGCGUGUCCGGCACCUCCUACGAGUUUCCGAUCCUGAGUGAUGGAGAUGUGUAUGAUGGCGGGUCUCCUGGGGCAGAUCGGGUCAUUUUCACUACUGCCAACAAGCUGGCUGGUCUCAUCACCCACACCGGCGCUAGCAGCAGCAGUGGCUUUGUUGAAUGUACUUAG